AUGAGAAGAAAUGCAGAUUUAGAUUAUGUUGUGAGAAAUCCUAUAAUAUAAGCAAUCAAUGUUGUUUUAACUACUAAAAAGAGUUCAAAAUUUGGCAUCAUAUCGUGUGCAGCUGGACUUUUGUUGAGUUUUUGUUGUUAUCUUAAAUUUAAAAGAAAACAAAAAAAAAUUACUACAUUAUAGGAUAAAAUCAAGUUAUAAUCUCCUUUAAAUAAAAAUCUUUUGAUUCUGUUAGAUGAGUCUUGGAGAGAUGGAAAAUAUGAUGAAUUUACUUAUUUACUACCAUAAUAUAAAUAGUAUGGGAAAAUGACAGUAUUUAAAAAUAUUUUUCUUUAUGUAUAAAUGGAUUCGAAUAUGCAAUUAGGAAAUCUAAACUUUAGUGUUAAUUCGAAUAAUUUAGAUCAAAUUAUAAGAAAAAAAGUUCAAAGAACAGAUUUAUCUUAAGCACUAACUCCAAAAUUAACUUAAUUUGUUUCUGAAAAUAUUCAUAUUGAUUUUAUAAGAAAAUCAAAUAUGAUCUCAUCUGCUUUUCUUAAAGAUUUUGAUGAAAACUAAAUAUAUUCAGGGCUAAUUUCUGAGUUAAGGAAAUAUCCCAAAUAAAAACUAUUAAUUUUUGAAUAUUUAAGCUAAAAAAUUAUAGGUACAAAUACUUUAUUUGAUGGAAAUUAAAUAUCUUGGGAAUAUCCCACUCCCUUUUCAGUCAGCAAAGGUAAUUAAUUAUGCAUGAAAUGCACUGCAAUAAUGCUUGACGAUGAAGUUAGAGUAACAAAUGUAAAGGCAAUUGCAAGUGAUUUUGUUAGAUUAAAAUAUUUUUUAGAAGCAAACAUAAUGGCAAAACUUAGAAUACUAAAAACUAAAAUCAAUUUAACAAAAGUCUCUAUGGCCAUCUUUGGAUUGUUAACUAUCUAUUAAGUUGGAAAGUAUAUAUUGAAUUAACUUGAGCCAUAUAUGCUUAAAAAAGAAUAUCCUGGAUUGGAUUAAAUAAAAUCAAAAUUUAAUUUUGCAUAUUGUGAUUAAGGUACUAGAUGUAUACAUUGCAAAAGUAGACCUGCAAGCUUCAUUUUUAUACCUUGCUACCAUUUAUAAUGUUGUAAAUAGUGCUUUGAUGAAUGUAAUCAAAUUGAAUGUAAGACCUGUAAAAUAACCAUUUAUUGUGGUAUAUCAGUAUUUGUGUGUAAAUGA